CUCGGUGCAUUGGACCAUUAUUUGCAAAAUGGCAAUAAUUAUAAACAAAAGAUUGUCCUGAAUUGAUAUCAUACCUAUCAUAUAAUCGUUUAUUCAUUGUAAUUCUUUAUUAUUACUGAGAGCAAAAUGGUUAGUGAAGUGUCUCGAGGUUUCCGUGAAGAUUGUUACGAUCUGUUGGCAGCAUUUGCCCGUCACGAAUCGAUUGAAUUUCGCCACUUCUGUCAGGAAUGGAAGCGCAUGAACUUCCAGUUCAUAUUCUAUGGAAGAAACACCGAUGUGGAAAUGAUUGCUUUUGUUACGGAAGCAUUGGUCAUAGUGAAGAAGAUCUUUCUUAACACAAGAAAACCAUUGGACAAGAUUGGUGCGUUUUUUCUGAUGUAUGCGAUGUACUUCAAGCAACCGAAUGAGAAGUUCUGUAAGAUUCGGGUGACCAUGAAAGAUUGGACCGAGUUUAAGCGAUUUGCCCAGUGGCCCACGAUGGAGUACCAUUCAGCGGAGAUUUCGGCGAUCUUCUGGAAGAUGUUCAUUGGGGAUGCGUUUCGGUUCGUGCAGAGCGAAUUUGAGUACGGAUACGAUUCUUUCUUCGUGAAGGGAGAUCAAUCGGGCCGGUUCGACGAUAAGUCGCGGGAGUCGUUCAAGCUGGUGCGUCAGGCAGAGAAGGAGUUCUUAGCCAUGAAGAGUAAUACCGGGCUGUACACGGCGCUGGAUGCCUUGGAGAUGGGUUACAAUGAAAUGAAAGAAUCGCUGGAAGAAACUGAGCCGUCCGGUAGCUCCAGCGAUAAAAUUCCCCAAUCAAAUCUGAUGCAAGGUCUCCACCGCGAUCUAGACGUGCUGAUUGCGAUCCUCAAUACAUCGAACGAACCUCGACCGGAAGAUGACCUCGCUGACAAUCCUGAUGGCGAAAGUAUUGGUACUAAGAGGAGCACCCUGAAGGACAAAGCUUUCGCAAGAAAGGUGCAACGUCGAGAUAUGCAAAUAGCCACCAGCACCCAAGACGCCGGAGGGGGUUCUUCGGGCUCUCUAAGGAGACCACGUGCCACCAAAAAGCGGGACCCGAACUCGUCCCUGAUGAGCAAUGAUGCGCGCCUCGAGGUGAUGAGCGACGAUGACGAACUGGCGGUUUAAUGGCGCAUCACGGAUAAUUCCCGGAAUCGUUAGCUCCGAAUGUGAACUGGUGGAUUUGUGUUUUCGUUAGCGCGACAUGUUUGAAUGAGUUAUUUAUGAGGUGUGAUAGGUAAUUUGUGUGUAAAGAAUCUCAGGAAUUUGUGCGCCACUUGUUCGUUGGGGAAUCGUUUUGUCUGCGCUUGCGCACAAAAGGCAACGCGAUCAGCGAACCGUAGUGGGUGGAUGAGUUGCUGCACCUCCGACGCCUAAUAUAAAUUUCUGCUAAAUGACAAAUGUGAUAAAUAGGAUGAUAAUUGAACUUGUUCUACUCGACAAGCACACCGUUGAUGCAUCAUAAUUAUAAUAAAUCAGUUUUAUAAUAACA